CCGAAUUUGAGCAAUUAGUUUGUGUGCCAGGAGUUGAAAAAGGUUGGAAAUCGCUGCUCUAAUCAUUUAAAAGAUGUGCAUGGACUUGUAGUCCGUUCUUUGUGUUUGACAGUAUUUCUUAGGAUUCAUUUCAUGUGGGGCAGAAACAGAAUAUUUGCAUACCAGGAGUUUCAGGAUGGUUCAUGCUAAGAGCUGGACCCUGAAGAAGCACUUUGAAGGCAGCCCUACAAACAGUAACUUUGAGCUGAAGACAGUUGAACUCCCACCCCUAAAAAAUGGAGAGGUCCUGCUGGAAGCUCUGUUCCUCACUGUGGAUCCUUACAUGAGAUUGGCAGCCAACAAAUUGAAGGAGGGUGAUACGCUGAUGGGGGAGCAAGUGGCCAGAGUUGUGGAAAGUAAAAACUCAGCCUUUCCAACAGGAACUGUAGUACUGGCUCCUUCCGGCUGGACAUCGCACUCCAUUUCUGACGGAAAAGAUCUAACGAAGCAGCCUGCAGCAUGGCCAAGCACAUUACCUCUGUCUUUGAUGCUGGGCACACUCGGCAUGCCAGGCCUAACAGCCUACUUUGGCCUGCUCGACAUCUGUGGUGCAAAAAGUGGAGACACCGUCUUGGUUAAUGCGGCAGCAGGAGCCGUGGGCUCUGUCGUGGGGCAGAUAGCUAAGAUCAAGGGCUGCAAAGUUGUUGGAGCAGCAGGGUCUGAUGAUAAGGUUGCCUACCUUAAAAAGCUUGGAUAUGACGUUGCCUUUAACUACAAGACAGUCAAGUCUUUGGAAGAAACAUUGAAAAAAGCUUCCCCUGAUGGUUACGAUUGUUAUUUUGAUAAUGUAGGUGGAGAAUUUUCAAACAUUGUUAUCCCCCAAAUGAAGAAAUUUGGAAGAAUUGCUAUAUGUGGGGCCAUCUCUACCUACAAUAGCACUCGCCCACUUCCCCCAGGCCCGCCCCCAGAGGUGAUUAUCUAUCAGCAGCUCCGCAUGGAGGGGUUCAUUGUCAGCCGCUGGAAAGGAGAAGCCAGCCAGAAGGCUCUGAACGAAUUGAUGAAAUGGGUCUCGGAGGGUAAAAUCCAGUACGAGGAAUACGUCACUGAAGGAUUUGAGAACAUGCCAGCUGCAUUUAUGGGAAUGCUCAAAGGAGACAAUUUGGGGAAAACAAUAGUGAAAGCAUGAAAAGAUGACACAUAGAACCUAGGAACCAUUUGGAUGAUUACUUAAUUUCUUUUUAACCAUUUAGUAAAAAUGUAUGUUGCCUUCAUUAUCUAAAAAAUGGUGGUUGUGAUGAGUUUGAUCUACCUAAUAAAGUACAUGUAAAUAGUAUGGGAUUAGCAGCAGAGAAUGAACAUUUCAUAGUGAACAACAGCCAGUCACUGCACAUCAUAUAAAGCUCCAGUUCUUGCUUUCCCUGCUUCUGGGACCUUGGAGGUGGUAUGUUCCAGAUGGCCUAGCUACAAAUGUUGGAAAGCAAUAAAUGCUGGAAGGCUGCCAUGGAAAUAAGCUUUUAUUGAAUUAAAUUACUUUGAUUUUGGGGAUCUCUGUGGCUAGCAUUGCUUACCCGAACUCUGUACUGUCCAAUAUGGUAGCCAUUUAAGGCUACUGAGAACUGGAAAUAUGGAUAGUACGACUUUUCAAGAUUUUAAAAAACAACAAACAACAAAGCACAGUUGAUAUUUCUCCAUUAAACACAACUUUAUUGUUUUGGUAGAACUACAAUUCACUGUAACUGUGUAGCAUAGGACAUUAUUGUUGUAUUGUAAUAUUUGUACAGGAAAUGUGCAUUAUUUCUAGCAUUACAGGUAAACACUUCAUCAAUGUACUCAGUAUCAACAGACAGAUUCAGUUCAGAUAGCUGUUUUCUAUGCACUGAAGUAACAUCACAACGUCUUUACUUGUGUAUUUUACGUACACAGCACAAGUUCAAGUACACCUAUGCAGAAAGCACAAGUUUUACCAAAUCUGAUGUAAAGCAUAAUCAUAAUCAUAGACACUUACUACUUUAAUAAUAAUUAAAUUGUUUUCUAGCUUAAAAACACAGAAAAAUACUGAAUUUUUAAAUGAAGGCAUAUUACUGAGGCAGAAUUCAGUGCAAUACAGAAGCUAGUACUACGACUAGUACAGUAAAAA